AUGAUGUCAGAUGGGACACUACUUGGUAGUUAUCGUCAUCACGAUAUCGUUCCAUGGGAUGAUGACGCCGAUUUUCUUGUACCUGUCAAACAACAAUCGAGAUUUAUAUCUGUUAUAGUAAACUCGUCAAUCGGAGUCAAAAUAGUUAAAUUCAAUCUGAAGUAUAAAAUAUAUCUUGAGAAUACGACACGUGCCGGUAAUCGAUCAUGGAAUUGGCCGUUUAUUGACAUUUGGUUCUAUCGUGAUGUUAACAAUACACACAUUCAGUAUGAUACACCUCAGUGGAGGCGCUUGAUACACGCUAAAAAAGAUAUUUUUCCUCUAAUAACACGACUAUUAGGUCAACUGUGGGUGCCAGCACCGCGAAAUCUUAUUAAGCAUAACUCGUUUACUUUGAAGUACUGUAGUAGUGGAAAUUAUUCACAUCGUAAUUCUGUCUAUCAAAAGGGGAGUAAGCCAAUUCGAUGUAGCGCAUUGUACAAAUAUUAUCCAUUUGUUAAUCGAACAUGCAAUAAUCCGUAUACCUGUACGGAACAACUCAAUUUGGGCAAUCGAACAAUACACACAAUCGAAAUUGAAAAUGGUAGUUUAUGA